CAACGCGGGACAAUACGAGAUUGCGCCUGCGCGCGCUGGUGCAGGCGGUACUUCCGCCAGUGCUGGCUGUCAGUCACAGCGGUAUCCGGUUCUGCUGCGUUACGUAGCGCUUUAUCGUCGCUCGGUUUCUGCGGGCUGGGAGUCGGGCUCCCAAGUCGGGCGCCUGGAGUGGAGGGUCUUAGUCAGGCUUCGAGCUGCUGCCCGAGCCCUUCCAUAGGCAGCCGGAAGAACGGAGAAACCGAAAGGGAGUCGCGUGGCUCGGCUGCUCCGCACCAAGUUACCGCGCUUGGCUCGGCCGCUUUGCUCCGCCCGGCUUUCUCUUUCGUUUUCCUCCGGCGGGGAAAAGCUGAAUUUAUCUUUGUCUGUGGACUGAGCUGGAACUUGUCCGUGCAAGAAGUGGUUUUUGGAGAAGUGAGUCACAAGGAAUUAAAGAUGAGUAAGAGCAAAGAUGAUGCCCCUCAUGAACUAGAAAGCCAGUUUAUCUUACGCCUGCCCCCAGAGUAUGCCUCUACUGUGAGGAGGGCAGUGCAGUCUGGACAUGUCAAUCUGAAAGACAGACUGACCAUUGAGUUACACCCUGAUGGGCGCCAUGGAAUUGUCAGAGUGGAUCGAGUUCCAUUGGCCUCAAAAUUGGUAGACCUUCCCUGUGUUAUGGAAAGCUUGAAAACCAUUGAUAAGAAAACCUUUUACAAGACAGCAGACAUCUGUCAGAUGCUUGUGUCCACAGUUGAUGGUGAUCUUUACCCUCCUGUGGAAGAACCUGUUGCCCCUGCUGAUCCCAAAGCAAGCAAGAAGAAAGAUAAGGACAAAGAGAAAAAAUUUGUCUGGAACCACGGAAUUACUCUGCCUCUAAAAAAUGUCAGAAAGAGAAGGUUCCGGAAAACAGCAAAGAAGAAGUAUAUCGAGUCUCCAGAUGUGGAAAAAGAAGUGAAGCGGUUGCUGAGUACAGAUGCAGAAGCUGUCAGUACCCGUUGGGAAAUAAUUGCUGAAGAUGAAACAAAGGAGGCAGAAAAUCAAGGCCUUGAUAUCUCAUCUCCAGGAAUGUCGGGCCAUAGGCAGGGCCAUGACUCAUUAGAACAUGAUGAGCUCCGAGAGAUAUUCAAUGACCUCAGCAGCAGCAGUGAAGAUGAAGAUGAGACACAGCAUCAAGAUGAAGAAGAUGUGAACAUCAUUGACACUGAGGAAGAUCUGGAGAGACAGCUACAAGACAAGCUAAAUGAAUCAGAUGAGCAGCACCAAGAAAAUGAAGGAACCAAUCAAUUGGUUAUGGGGAUUCAGAAACAGAUUGAUAACAUGAAAGGCAAGCUCCAAGAGACCCAGGACAGGGCAAAACGCCAGGAAGAUCUCAUCAUGAAAGUAGAAAACCUGGCUCUUAAGAAUAGGUUUCAAGCUGUGCUAGAUGAACUCAAACAAAAGGAAGACCGGGAGAAGGAACAGCUUAGCUCUUUACAAGAAGAGCUAGAAUCACUCCUAGAGAAGUGAUAAUGUUGAUGCUUCAUUUCAUCCUCAGACUGGUCAGCAUUGGAAAAAAUUGUUUUCAUCACUUGGACUGGCAGUAGUUUUUAUUCCAUAUACUGUUAGAAGUUGAGUUAUGUUGGUUGUUUUCAAAACCACUGUGCUGGGUUUUCAUUCUUUACGAAGUAGGAUUGCAUAGGCAGAAUAAUUGCUGUAGGAAAGUUAUAGAAUUAGUGAAAUGAUCAAUUCCAUUUUAAUCACUUCACUGCAGGGCUGUGUUACUAUUUGUCUAUUUUCCAGAAACUUCUGUUUUGUGGUGCUAAGAUCAGUAAGAAGCUAGUUUGGAGCUAGUGGAGUUAAUGUAUGUUUUUUUUUAUACAGUAGCUACUGUAGGGGCAAAUUCCUAUAUGUUGUUUCUAACACAAUAAAAACAACUAAUUUUCACUUUA